AUGAAUCCAUACGAGAGCAGCGUCGCGGUGAACAUGCUUGGAGACCACGACUCGCGCGACACGCACAAGUACUCGGUCAUUCUGCCCACCUAUAACGAGCGGAAGAACUUGCCGAUUAUUGUCUGGUUAUUGGCGAGGACGUUUACGGAGAAUGACCUUGCUUGGGAGAUAAUUGUCGUGGAUGAUGCGAGUCCGGAUGGGACGCAGGAGGUAGCGCUGGCGCUGGCUCAGGUGUACGGAGAGGACAAGGUGGUCUUGAAGCCUCGGUCAGGGAAGCUAGGUCUCGGGACCGCAUAUAUCCAUGGUCUGAGCUUCUGUACGGGCGAUUUUGUGAUUAUCAUGGAUGCUGAUUUUUCGCAUCACCCCAAGUUCAUUCCACAAUUCAUCAGGUUGCAGCAGGCUUACAACCUGGACAUCGUGACUGGUACACGGUAUAGCUCGAAAGCGAAACCCCACCUCGCGGAAGCUCAACCAGGAGGGGUGUACGGGUGGGAUUUGAAGCGCAAGUUGGUGUCAAGGGGGGCGAACUUUCUGGCGGAUACCGUGCUGAAUCCUGGUGUGAGCGACUUGACAGGCAGUUUCCGGUUAUACCGACUCCCUGUCCUCCGGCAUAUCAUUACGCUCACCCAGUCGAAAGGAUACGUGUUCCAGAUGGAGAUGAUGGUGCGCGCACGGCAGCUGGGGUACAGCGUAGGCGAGGUCCCCAUCACGUUCGUCGACCGCAUAUUCGGGGACAGCAAGCUGGGCGCGAACGAGAUCGUAGGAUACGCGAAAGGUGUCUGGGCACUGUUCACCGGUGUAUAG